CAGAACAGAGAGGCUGAGAUUUACUGAAGCAUUUUGUUGUUUAGCUAGCUAGCUACCAAUAACAUUUACAAAUAGCUCUACUUCCCAGACCUAACUUUUAUGGCAUAAUGCUGGAUCAUUAUUUUGACAAAGUUGAAGUCACAGGUGAAUAAAGGGACUGUUACAGGGCCACUAUGAGCCAAGCUGGGGAGCAGACCAACCCUCCCAGUGGAGGAGGAGGAGGAGGAGGUGAGGAGGAGACUACUCCUCUAUUAGCCCUGGCUCCUGAUGCUGACCUACAGGAGGAGAGCCUGGCCCUGGGCCCCACUCACGUCUCUGCCAGCCCAGCCUUCCAGUGCUUAGACCAGCUGUUCUCUGCUGGGAAGAUCAGCGGGACCAAAGCAGCGAAGCUCAAAGCCAGUUUCAGCCUGCUCCAUGACACCUUGAAAAGCUCUCAGCAGUCAGAGAUCCAGCUGCUGCAGGAGGCCAAGCGGUUCAGAGCAGAGCUGGAGCGCCAGCAGAAAGAGCUGGAGAAGGCUGAGCAGUUCCCUGAGGGGCCAGACACAGAGGUCAGCCGCAUGAGACAGCAGCUCCUCAAGUUCCACAACGACCUGCGACAGGCAGAGGAGAGGGACUACCAGAUGAACUACCAGCUAGAGUGUCUCACAGAAGAGAAGCUUUGCCUGGAGAAAGAGUAUGAGACUCAACCCAAACCAGUUGAGCUGGAGAAGCGUGCGAAGGCCCUGAAGGACAGCAGUGAGGAGCUGAGGAAGGAGGUGUCUCAGAGGAGACAGGAGAUACACAGCCUGCUGGAGGACAUGGAGGCCAGACACAAACUGAUGACCAGGGAGCAGCGAGAACUGGACCACAAGAAGGACAUCAUAGUAAACAACCAGGCUGAGUUGGCCCAGCUUCUGUCUGUACCUGGCCAGCUGGGGAAGGAGAUUGAGAGGAUCAACAGGAAAAAGAUGGAGGUUGAGAAAAGUAAAGCGGCCCUGGACGAGCAGCUGUCUGAGGUGACGGCUCUGCAGAAGAUGACGGAGGCCAGCUGUCGCUCCCUGGAGGAGGAGAAGAGGGAGGUGAGGAGGCAGGUGGAGGGGUGCAGGGCACACCUGGAGGCUGCCGAGAGGGAACACAGCAUGCUGCAGAAAGAGCAGGAGAUGACCAAGGAGAAGGAGGUCAUUAUGAUGGGACAGAGAGGUAUGCUGGACAUCAAUACAGGCCACUGCAUCAUGGAAAGGAAGAGCGUGCAUGAGAACCUGGCACGGAAGCAGCGUGAGAGGGACCGGCAGCUCAGAGAGCUGAAGAAGGUGGAGCUGCAGCUCAAAAUGGCCCAGGACGCGCUGGUCCACACUCAGCUACUGCAUGACAAGACCAAGUCUAUGAGGGAUGCCAAACCCAAAAGUGACAGGAUUCUAAAGACAAGACAGGAGAUACAGUUAGAAGUGGACAAGCUGAAGAGAAACUUGCUUCAUCAGCAACCAGUAGCUGAGGUGGAGACCCAGCUGAUAGAACAGUGUGUGGAACAGGAGCAGAAGCUGAUGAGACAGUCUCACAGACACAGAGAGGAGCUCCACACCCUCAGGUGUCUGACUCAGAUCAAGGCUGAUGAGAGAGAGCAGAAGUCCAGGGACCGCCACAGGGCUGAGCAAAGAUACAAUCGCAUCAAGCAAGAGCUGAGAGGCAAGAGUCUGGUGAUCCAUGAACUCAAGAAGCAGAACCAGGAGGUCCAGUCCAGGCUUGGUGUGUUUGCCAAGCUGUAUGACAACAUCAAGGGUGAUAGGAACAAGUGUGUGAACCUGAUCCAGAUGGCCUCCCAGAGAACAGCUGAGAUGAGAGAGAAGUUCAAGAUCCUGGACAACGAGAUUGAGAUCCUCAGAACCAACGCCAUCAACAAAGAGAAGCUGCUCCAGAAGUCCCGUCUGAAGCACUUCCACAGCCACACCAUCAGAGACAGCCUGAGGAACGACAUCUCCAAGGUGACCCAGGUGCUUCAUGAGAUGAGACAGAAGAGGGAGGAGCAGAAGCUGAACCUGGGCCGGCUGACCCACAUGAUCAACUACCAUGAACAGAACCUGCUACAGAUGAGGAAGAGCCACGACACGGCCGUGCAGAGUCGCAAUGACAGAGGGGUACAGUUGCUGGAGCGUGAGGAGGAGAUGUGUAUUUUCUACGAGAAGGUGAAUGUUCAGGAGGGCCUGAUCAGAGACGGUAACAUAGAGAUGCAGGCGCUGGAGGAGGAGACGUGCUGCCUGCAGAUGAUCACCAAGGAAGAAGAAAGACAGACAGCCCUCAGCAGGAAACUGGUGCCCUGCCAGAGGAGACUGGAGGGAGAGAGCACCAUGCUGCAGAUACAGCUGUCAGAGUGUAAGGAGCGUAUGUUGGAGCUAGAGAAGGCCUUGGAGGAUCCAGGACAGGAGAACAGGGCCAGAGAGCUGGAGGGGAACGACCCAUCUCCUGUUGAACUCAUCCAGAAGAUAGAACAGUUGGAGGUUGGCUUGGCGGAGCGGGAAGAGCUGCUCCUGGAGAAGGACUUGGUGUUUGAGCAGGUGACCCGGCUUUCUCAGCGAAUCAGAGCUAAGGCCGAGAACGGCAAGCAGGACACACUGCAGCUAGCCAAGAAGGUGAAUGAGUUGCAGGGCCGUAUCAAGGAGUCAACCAGGAGGAUGAUGGCCGUGGUGUCUGAGUUGUCGAUGCGCCAAGCCAGCGCCAUGACCCUGCAGCAGGAGCUGAAGGAGAGGGAGCUGUUCCUGGACACCUGCCACCGGCGCCUGGACCAGGGUCUGCCCCCUGAAGACCUGGAGCUGGAGUGGCAACACAUCCUCAGGGAUGAGCAGCGCAGACAGGCCGACCAGCAGGAGAAAGACAGGCUGGUGGAGGAGGAGGAGAGGUCCCAGCUCCCUAGUGGGGUGUACACCACGGCCGAGGCCCGACCCAACGCCUACAUCCCCCUGGGGGACACCCUGCCCCUGCCCAAGCCCUACGGAGCCCUGGCCCCCUUCAAACCCUCCGAGCCCGGCACCAACAUCAGACACAUUCGCAAGCCUGAACCAAAACCCAUUGAGAUAUAGACCUGGACCAAACCCAUUGAGAUAUACUGUAGACCUGGACCAAACCCAUUGAGAUAUACUGUAGACCUGGACCAAACCCAUUGAGAUAUACUGUAGACCUGGACCAAACAUAUUGAGAUAUAGACCUGAACCAAAACCCAUUGAGAUAUAGACCUGGACCAAACCCAUUGAGAUAUACUGUAGACCUGGACCAAACCCAUUGAGAUAUACUGUAGACCUGGACCAAACCCAUUGAGAUAUACUGUAGACCUGGACCAAACAUAUUGAGAUAUAGACCUGGACCAAACCC